UCCCGGGCUCCUCCUCCGCCGCGCCUCCCUUAAUCCCCGGCGCCGCCGCCGGAGCGGCUCACGGUCCUCCCAUCGAUCCUCCGGUCCGUCCUCCAGCCGCCCCCCACCGCCGCUGGCCAGAUCUUCAGGUGGCCUUUUAAAAUAUGCAUCAGAGACAGGGAAUGCCAAGCAGGAGCUGAAAAUGUUUGAAAAACUUCCGAGUUCUCUCUCUACUUUUCCAGCCCUUCCAGCCCCCUCGCCUGACUCGGAUGAUGUGAUGAUGUUCAGGGGGAUUCCUUAAUUCCAGUCCCUCUGCAGCCAGGCACAUCUACAAAAGAUUGCAUCCAUAAUUCAGGAUGGCCAGCCAGCCGCCGGAAGAGGCUGUGGAGUCUCAGGUCUCGGAUGAGCUGGAAUGCAAGAUCUGUUACAAUCGGUACAACCUGAAACAGAGGAAGCCCAAGGUUCUGGAGUGUUGUCACAGGGUGUGUGCCAAAUGCCUCUACAAGAUCAUAGACUUUGGGGACUCUCCCCAAGGUGUCAUAGUCUGUCCUUUCUGCAGGUUCGAGACAUGCCUGCCAGAUGAUGAAGUUAGUAGCCUGCCCGAUGACAAUAACAUCCUUGUAAACUUGACUUGUGGAAGCAAAGGCAAGAAAUGCCUGCCCGAGAAUCCCACGGAGCUGCUGCUCACACCGAAGAGGCUGGCUUCUCUGGUCAGUCCUUCCCACACAUCCUCCAACUGCCUGGUUAUCACCAUCAUGGAGGUGCAGAGGGAGAGUUCCCCAUCUCUCAGUUCUACUCCCGUGGUAGAAUUCUACAGGCCGGCCAGUUUUGACUCCGUCACCACAGUGUCCCACAAUUGGACGGUGUGGAACUGCACCUCACUGCUCUUUCAGACUUCCAUCCGGGUGUUAGUGUGGCUGCUAGGCUUGCUGUACUUCAGUUCCUUGCCCUUAGGGAUCUAUUUACUGGUGUCUAAGAAGGUCACCCUUGGGGUGGUCUUUGUUAGCCUCGUCCCCUCCAGCCUUGUCAUCCUUAUGGUGUAUGGUUUUUGCCAAUGUGUUUGUCAUGAAUUUCUGGACUGUAUGGCACUUCCUUCUUAAUCAAUAUGCAAAACAGGAAAUUUGGCACAUAUGGCUACGUUCAAAUGACGUACGUACGAUUUGCUUUUUGUAUUCUCCAUGAUUAGUGUCUACAGCCUCAACAGAGCCCUUGGCCAUACGUCUGUGGUCCAUUUUCUGUCCAGAUGUUGGCUUGAUGGGUUUUCCUGGAUCUGAAAAUUAAAAAAGAAAAGUUCAUUUCUACAUAAGGGUUAGCCAAGAAGCAAGGCUGUGUGUGCAUAGCUUUUAUGGAGCUCUGCCAGUUGUGAGAUGUCCGAGAGCAAAGGUGUGGGCUCAGUGAGUGCUUUCAGACAGGUACCAGGCAAGGUGUGUUAUAUUGUGGCAGGGUCUCUGUGAAAAGGUCCGGAUGACUGGAGUCCUCCUUUAAUUUAGGGGUAUCCCAUGAUGGUGGGUAGAUGUCAGAAGCAGGUUGCUCCAAAACCCAUGGGUGUGUCCCCCAUUCUCUCAGUGCUGGAGCCUCUAAUCAUCUUCAGGUGCUUUCUCUCUUAAGGUAAUGCUUCCCUGAGGUCUGCUGCCUGCCCUCAGAUCCAUUUCUCUACUCUGCAGUACCCCCUGCCCCAGGGUCCUGCAAUCUCAUCCCCUUGGGUACUUCCUGCAGAAUUCCUGUUUGGGCAUGUUGCUAGAGAAGAUGGAUAGCUCUGAGAAGUCUGCAUGGAAUUAGACCUCAUGGCCAUUUGUGGUCAACACAGGCCUUUCCUUCCAUGUGUGUUUUUCUCCCAGGCUUCCUGGAGAAGGUAUGAGCAGUUUUUGCAUGUGGAGACAUUCACUGGAGUAAUUCCUUAUAGCAUUUUAAUUUCGUUUGAUUUCUAACCACAUUCUUCAAUCAGCCCCAUCCCUUUUCCUGAAAGAAGUUCCAUUUAAAUUAGUUGUUAUCGGUUUAUGAAGGUUUCAUUUUGUUCCCCUUGUUUCAGAAAUUUGCUUAGGGCUGACUUCAUUGACUCCUGCAACACUCUGGGGGAACCUGUGAUGGUGAAAACCCAGUGAGAGGCUGCCAGCGGCUCUAGUCCUAGGCACGGAGAACCUAAGUGUUCUGUUGAAUGGUACCAGGUUGCCGUGGUUCAGGUUUAUGCCCUAUGGAAGUGCAGGCAGAGGAAAGGGUGAAGCCAUGCCAAGCUGAUGCCCUGCUUGGAGAGACAGGUCAAGGGGAUGAAGUGGAGGUGGCCGAGUGCAAGCACACUUCCGGCCACCUGCUGCUCAGUGAGUCUGGGGAUAGACUCAAGUCCUUCAAUUAUUUUCAGUAAAAGCGUAGGCUGUGUGGCUUGAGUAUCAACCCCUUUUGAUGAAACAGAGUGGGGGGGCAUUGAAUGUAUAUAUUUAUGGGAAUAAGUUGUCUAGCAGGUUUUAGAUGGGGAAAUAGAAUGCUCAAGAAACUAGGCAAAAAGAGGAAAGAAAGCUUCUUAGUCUCUGAGACUCAUUACUGAUGACUUAACAAUAAAAUAUCCAUAAUGCUUAGAGAAGGGCUUUACCAAGACUUUGUUAACUUGUUUGUGGUGAAAUAUUUGUUGUGUGAAGUAGUUACGGGGGCCAGUUCCAAACUCAAUAUUAAGGAAAAAUGGAUACUUAUCUAGAAUAGGAGUUUUAUUUAGUUGCAUAACUACUGAGUUUAAGAACAUGUAUGCCCAAGGUACAUAUAAUGAGAAAGUAUGUGUGGGAUGUGGUCCAAUGAAAUUUAAACCCCAACUUAGAGCUAAAUACAUUUAUGAUUCCAGAAACCCUAGUUUUAGGUAGUACUGUGGAUGCGGUUUCCAGAAUUCCAUUUGUACUUUGAGUAAAUACAAUAUUUAAGAGGUUUUGUGGUUUGGAUUGAUAUAUAUAUAUAAGGUUUCUUUUUGAAAGAUGCUCAUUUUGUGUGAGCUGUGGCAUUGAGUGAGUUGGUGAGUUACCGCAGGAAGAGGUUUCCAGAAGGCUCUGGACCAACUCUGUGUUUUGCUACUUUGUGUGAUGUCUGCAGUGCUGAAGUUGUGUCUGUAUGUGCUGUGGCAAUAUUUUUCUUAAUGCCAACGUGUUGAUUUGGUUUUAAAGAGUUUUCAAUGUAUGACAAUAAUAACACAAAACAACACAAGUCUCCAUGCUGCUGAAUGGAAAGGGCAAUCCUAUACUGUUGUAUUCUCUAUGAUAAUGUUUUCUUGUCCAUUAAAUUUUAUUAUUUCUAAACGA